CAGCAAGCAAGCUUGUUGGAUGACAUGCCUCCUAGGAUGCCAUCCCUGGUUUCCCAACCACACGACGAAGAUCCCCACGCCCUUAUCAACUUCAAUAUGGAAGCGCUCGUGCCUACUAAGUCGUUUAGUAGUGCCCGUCCCUCGGUAGGACAAGACGAUGAUCGAAGCAGCCGCGUGUUCUUCGAGACGAUGGACCAGAAGACUGCCUCACGCAAGAAAGCGCCUAACGCCAAAAAGCUUGAGCCCAAAAACCAGGACCCCGAGCCAAAGUUUCGAGAGGACUUGGAGGCGAACAUUGCACGGCUCAGCGAGCGCCUGCGUUACGGCUCCGGCAAGGUGGCCUUAAAGAUCGUGUUUGGUCGUAUUUGCCUGAAAGACUUCACGCCAAGUGGGCUUGCAACGAACGACAAGAACCAGGAGGCUUCCGGCUGGCGCCCAGAAGCGCUGCUUCCGGGCAUGGCAAAGGCAUACAGCCGGCCAGAGACAUUCCUGUUUACACGCAUGCUUUCGCUAUAUGGCCAGGAUGCCGACUCUCUCGGUAGCCUCCCGGAAGCCAGCUCCUGGGUGCUUCAUUCUCGGCGGGUUGUUUACGAGUUCAUGUGCGAUGGCUUUGGUACCGCCGAUAGCCGACUCGGUGACCGGGCGAAGCAGUUUGUAGUCGAAGUUGACGCCGUCGACUUCAGCUUUACCAUUACCACCCCCAACGGGCGCCUGGCCCCAGUUGCGAUUCACUGCCUGCACCGCCAUUGGGAUUUUGAGGUAGUGGCCAGCUGCAGCCCAACUAGGAAGCUGGAGGCCAUGUACUCAGAGUUCGCUCGUGGCCUGGUGGAUUCACUCGAGAUACCCCGGAACACGAACCGUACCCCGACUCUGUAUUACGAACUGGAACCUCCACGUCCUCUCGGCGGCGGCGCUACAGCAGGGGCUCGCGUGAGAGGAGUGCGUGUACGGUACACGGCCCGCCACAAAUGUCCGAGCGGAGCCACCUACCUAGACAUCGAUCAGAUCCAGGACAUGGCGAUUGUAUCGCAAGGCAUGCGAGACGGCUGGGUGAGAUUCCACUCCUUCCCAGCCAGGGAGUGUCCCGAGGAGGGACGGGCCUCGGCAUGGUUCGAGGGCUCACUAUCGUCGGCCAAAGCCGAGGAUCUCUUCAAAGCCAACGAGCGUCUAGGUCUUGGAGAAGAAGCUGCCUGGACCGUUGCAUCGAUGAAACAGGAUGGCUGCUUCAGGGCACUUUGGGAGCCGGCGCUAUCCAUGGUCAAAGCAAUGGACCAUAUUGGCGUUGCAACAUGGCCGGCAAGGAGCGACGGAGAGAGCGAGGCAGAGAGAGCGCCGCGCGAGGAGGAAAGUGUGGAGACCGAGGGAUUCUGGUGAAGUGUGAUACGAAGAGACAUGAAGUCUAUCGGUGUCCUGGACAAAUGUGUCGAGGAGGGAUCGCACGCUGGUCUGUAGGUUAUGGAUCCGCCUAGGAACCAUCCUCUACUCAAUUUAUUGUUUGGCACCUGCAGAUCGAUCAGGAGGGAUCACCAUGUCCCCAUUUGUUAGAACCUAGCCUAGAUGCCAUAGAAUUAGUGUUCAAGCUUAAUGUUUAAAGUAGGUGGUUUUUACGCCUAUUCUGCUAGUCGA